AUGGCUUACAUCCUCCAACUCGUCCCACUGCUGAAUUGCUGUGCUAGUGCCAGUUCCGAUCAGGCUGACUCGAUCCGGAUCUUCGAUCUCCAGCGAACCGAUAAGCCAACGAUCGAAUUAGAAUAUUCCGAGCAACUCGGCAGGCUCAGCCAACUCAAGAGCCAUCAACAAUCUCUGCUCAUCGGCUGCUUCUCCUCCUCCCCGGCCGUGCUCGGCUGGGACCUCCGAUCGGCCGACCACCGCCCCUCGCUCGAGCUUACCGGGCACUCAUCCACUCCCUUCCUCUCACUCGGCCAUUCCGCGGGUUCUGUGAUCGCAGCCGGGACUUCGAACGACGAUGACUGCUCAUCCGGUCAGAUCGAGCUCUUCGACCUCCGCCGGGGAACAAAGCCAUACUGUCUAUACGACCAGGCCCACUCGGAUUCAAUCACCAGUCUAGAAUUCAACCCAUCCUGCUCCGACCAUCAGUUACUCUCGGCCUCAACCGAUGGACUGCUGGUGUUACAUGAUACCAGAAUCGUCGACCAAGAGGAAUCUAUCCUCUUUACCUCCAACACCGGUGCCAGCCUAGCACAUGCCCGAUGGCAACCAGACGGCAGGACCAUCUGGGCCGGAUCGGAUAUGGAAACCCUCAGCCGGUGGGAUGCCGAACAGUUGUCACUCCUCAAGGAUUACGGUGAUCUCAGACAAGAUAGUCUGGCCAAACCGGACCCCAGCUGGCACGAGCCAGUUUCCUAUUUGAUCAGCCUGGCAACCCCAUCACCAACACAAUCGGCUUAUUUUGCUGGCUCACAAUCCGGUGAUGUCGUCUUGGUCGAGACCACCGAUCCUGAGACUGAGAGAUGGAAAGUAUUAGGAUCAUUCAAAGGUGGCCACUCAGAAAUGGUCCGAUGUGCCACACUGGACUCACAGAAUUCUGUGGUUCUUACCGGAGGAGAAGACGGGAGGAUUUGUAUAUGGUCAAAUGAUCGUGAGAGUGAAGCGAGCUUCCGACUGGUCGAUCGCUUUAACCCUUUUUCCACUCCUAUCAUCCACUCCCCAAAAGAGCCCAACCCUACUCACCUUCAACUCAAACCUGACUCAAGCCUCAAGACCCUCUCGUCAAAAGAUAAUCGGUUCAAACCUUACAACCGUCAUUGA